GCUGGGCACGGGUCACCUUGGGCGGCCACAUGGGGGCACGGCCCCGGUACCCCCGGGGCACCCCCCGGGCACCCAACCCCCCCAGGCACCCAGAGCCCCCACAGGGCACCCCAAGCCCCCCGGCAGCCCCUGUCCACACCGGCUGCAGUGCUCCCAGCCCCCCUGCCUGCCCCCCCCCGGGUAUGGGGUAAUGGCCAGAGCGGGGUCAUGAGCCCAGGGGGUCCCGCUGGAUAUGGGGCAGGGUCGUUAGGGUUAGGGUUACCUGACCCUAACGGGUGUGGGGAGCACAGCACACCCUGACCCCUCCGUGGGGCUCUGUGGGGUGAGGGGGGCCCCCAGGGGGGGCACAUGAUGGGCAUGGGGUGGUGUCUUCGUGCUUCGGGUCCAAGUUGGGUUGGCCAACCUUGCCUGAGAGGCUGUGCCCCGGGCAGAGCUUCAGGGGUUAAACCGAGGCAGCGUAAAAUGGGGAACGAGGGUAGGGAGGGAGAGAUCCUACUAAACGCCUCGUGGGCACGAGACGUGGAAAAAGAGCGAGGCACCCUGAGUCACGGCGGAGACGAGCGGUGGCUCAAAGGGGAGUCAGGCAGGGGGAGAGCAGAGCCAGAGGGAGAGCGGCGAGGAGCACGGAGCUGUGGUGGGUCCUCCUGGGGACCUGGCGAGGAAGGUGCUGGUUAAGGGGAAGCGCAGGCUCGUGGAGGCAGGUUUGUGGGUAAAGGACUGCCCGUUGCACCAGGACACAGCCUCAGAAGGACUGGCCUGCGGCGAUGGAGAGCGUCUCUUCUUCCCCAUCUCCCUUCCCGGGCACUUCUCCCACCGUGCCUCCUGCGAACGCCACUGCCCACGAUCACUACUCCGGCCUCCAGAAGAGCAUGCACGUGCUCUCCAUGGUGGUGUACAGCGUCGCCUGUCUGCUGGGGGUGACGGGCAACGGCCUCGUCAUCUGGAUUGCGGGCUUCAAGAUGAAGAAGACGGUGAACUCGGUGUGGUUCCUCAACCUGGCCAUCGCCGACUUCAUCUUCACCUUCUUCCUGCCCCUCAGCAUCGCCUACACGGCGCUGGGCUUCCACUGGCCCUUUGGGAAGCUCCUGUGCAAGCUCAACAGCACCAUCGCCUUCCUCAACAUGUUUGCCAGCGUCUUCCUCCUGACGGUCAUCAGCAUGGACCGCUGCGUGUCGGUGGCUUUUCCCGUCUGGUCCCACAACCGCAGGAGCCCGGAGCUGGCGGCCAGGAUUGCUCUGGGGACGUGGGUCCUGGCCCUGCUCCUCAGCUCCCCGUACCUCGUCUUCCGUGACACCGUGGUCAGCUCCAGGAACGUCACCAGCUGCUACAAUAAUUUCGCCCUGUCCGAUGACUACACGUCCGAGGCAACGCGGAGGCUGUGGAGGAUGCGGCAUAAAGCCAUGAUCAUAACCCGCUUCCUCUGCGGCUUCCUCGUCCCCUUCACGGUGAUCCUCCUCUGCUACAGCAUCGUGGCCGUCAAGCUGAAGAGCAGGCAGUUAGCCAGCUCCGCCAAGCCCUACAGAAUCAUCAUUGCUGUCACGGCCUCGUUUUUCCUCUGUUACUUCCCCUAUCACGUCUUCUCCUUGCUAGAGAUAUCCCAAAACUCUUCCAGCCACGAGAUGAAAAUGGCCCUUUACAUAGGGAUCCCCUUGGUUUCCAGCCUUGCCUUCUUCAACAGCUGCAUCAACCCCAUCCUCUACGUGUUCGUGGGGCCGGAUUUCAAGGAGAAGUUUCGCCAGUCCAUCCUGUCCACCUUCGAAGGGGCUUUCAGCGAGGACUCGGUCCUGGCCAGCCUGACCAGCAGGAGGAAGUCCAGAUCUGCUUCAGAAGCGGAGGUCCCGAGGGUCUGAGCGUGCUCUGCAUCACUAGCAUGGCCGGAGGGGCAGUUCCCUUCCCUGCUCUGCAGUUUCCCCUCCUUUCAGAGCUGUAAUUGCAGGACUGAGGGCUGCGAAGGGCCGUGCACACUCACAAACUGAUCUAAUUUUUUUGGGUCCUACCACGACUUAACCAGAAAACUCUCUGGAGCUGCAGCAGGGCUCCUGAAAAGUUGGAGUAGCAGCAUUUUCCUCCCCGUGCCCCUUUCCUUGGCUGCCUGUCUCCGUGUACCCAUUUUUUGGCAAGGCUGUGCUGGGGGGGUGACCACUGGGCGGGUGAUGCUGCCGAUCUGUCUCAGCUUCUGGAUUUUUGCAGGCGACCCUUUAUAAAGCUCACUGGGGUGGUGACUGCUGACGGGGCUCCCUUUAUGUUCCUCUCUCCUGGCAGCUCUUUGCCAAGAUGCAAAAAUUCUGGGGUUCCACCAGGGGGCAAAAUCGGGUGCAGCUGUGUCGGCGUUGAGGCUGUCCAGAGAAGAGGAUGGAAAGGGGGAAGAGCUAUUCCAUAAAUCCCUUAUAAUCAAAUCUGUAAAGAAAACAAGCAUCCUUUCCCAUAUAUCAUACCAGUCUGGUGCACGGGCUGCUAAAGCUUAAGUAAAAAAUGAUUAAAUUAAAAAAAAAGCCGCUCGGACAGGCAGUGGGAUCCAUCCAGAAGCACUCUCACAGACGCAUCUUUUAAAGAAACAGGGUUAAAUGAAAUAGCAACGUGUAUUUUUGUAGGAUCUGGCCCAGCUAGUAAAAUAUUCAUCUUUUCUCUCUCCAGAUGUGUGGCAGGAUGAAUCAUGAGAUUGCGCUCCAGUUACUUGGGUUUGAUGAGCAGCCUCUUUCUGAGUACUUGGCUGUGUUUGUGUUUGACAUUCUUCUGGUCCUUAUGUAGCAGAAAUCUGACUUUUUGUACCGUUGGUGAACGAAUAUUAAACCUCAUUAAACUAAUUUAAAACCUUCCCGGCCUGCUGUGUUGCCCGUGUGAUAAAACUCAGUCAUCUGGCUGAGCUGAGCAGCCAGAGGAAAAGAUGAAACGCUCCCAGCCUGGGCGUGUGAAUUCCCAGGCACUUCUCUCUUCGGCGUGGAUGGCUGUGCUGAGCGAGAGCUGUCACUGGAACACGCUGGGGAUUAAUUACGGGUCU